CGUGUCGUUUCCCAGGAGCAGGGCGUCCUUUUCGCAGCGUUUGCAGCACACUCUGCCGGCUGCCGCCGACACUAGCAGCGGGCCCACGUGAGGGGGCCGCGGGCACCCGGCGCUGGCGGGGCGGCAGGGGCACGGUGCGUGCAGGCGCAGUGCGGCGGCGGCUGGGCGAGGGGAAGGGCGAGCCCGGCGCUGGCGGAGCCGGGGGGGAGCGCGGCGCCCGCAGCACGGCCGCCAUGGCCGCGGCAGUGAGAGCAGAGAAGGAGGAGGAGGAGAAAGAGAAGGAGAAGGAGAAGCGGCCGCCCUUGUCGGCGGCGGCGCUGGCCAAGAUGGAGCGGAACCGGCAGCGGGCGCUGGCACUGCGGCAGGCGCGGCUGGCGGCACGGCCCUACCCUGCCGCAGGCGGCGUGCGGGUGCGGGCCCCCGCCAAGGUCGUGGACACGGGAGGGGGCUUCUUCCUGGAGGAGGAGGAGGAGGAGGAGAAGGAGGAGGAAGAGCGCGGCAGCGCCGCCGCCAGGAUCGUGCGUCCCCCCGCACCUGUGCUAGAAUUUGACUAUCUCAUCUGUGGAGACUGUGGCAAAGAAUUCAUGGAUUCCUACCUUAUGCAGCACUUUGAUUGGGCAACUUGUGAUAAUUGCAGAGAUGCUGAAGAUAAGCAUAAGCUUAUAACAAGGACAGAAGCCAAAGAAGAGUAUCUUCUCAAAGACUGUGACUUAGACAAGAGGGAGCCAGUGCUCAGAUUUAUUGUGAAGAAAAACCCUCACAACCCUCGGUGGGGUGACAUGAAACUUUAUUUAAAGCUGCAGGUAAUCAAGCGUUCUCUUGAAGUCUGGGGUAGUGAAGAAUCAUUGCAAGAAGCAAAGGAACUCCGCCGUGACAGCCGAGAGAAGAUAAAACAGAAAAAGUUUGAUAAGAAGGUUAAAGAGCUCCGCCGUGCAGUGAGGAACAGUUUGUGGAAGAGAGCAGCUAGCAUCCACGAGCAUGAAUACGGACCAGAAGAAAACAUUGAUGAAGAUACAUACAAAAAGACAUGUACUGUAUGUGGCCAUGAAUUAACUUAUGAGAAGAUGUAAUUUUUUUUUUCUAAUUUAAGUAUCUUUUUAAUUGUAUUUUGUAUUAAAGUCAAAUAAACUAAUUAUGACCAAAGCGUGGA